CCAUCUUUACUACACAUCAAUACUGAAAAGGCUUUCUUUGUAGAGUAUUCCUCUGCUUCUAAUUCUUUAGUGAUCAAUCAAUUUUUUUUUUUUUCACAUAGAAAAUUAAAGAAGAAGCAGAUUGUUCCUGAAGAACAAAGGGGAAAAAAUGUCUCUGGGUUAUGCUGAAAAGCUUUCUUUUAUAGAAGAUGUGGGCAAUGUUGGGAUGACUGAGUAUUUUGACCCACCUCUCCUUUUGCAAGACAAAAUUGAGAGACUUGCUGUGAUGAUACAAAAGAGUAAGCAUUUAGUGGUGUUUACAGGAGCAGGAAUAUCCACUUCUUGUGGUAUACCUGAUUUUCGUGGCCCCAAGGGUAUUUGGACUCUUCAGAGAGAAGGGAAAGCGCUACCAGAAGCAUCAUUGCCUUUUCAUCGUGCAACUCCAAGCAUGACACACAUGGCCCUAGUGGAACUAGAGAAGGCGGGUUUUCUAAAGUUUCUUAUAAGCCAGGAAAAGUUCUGUUCUGCCCCUUCCAAUGUCCUAUGUAGUUCCUCGCUGUUAAACGAGAACAUUGAUGGCCUUCAUCUUCGCUCUGGAAUUCCAAGGGAGAAGCUUUCUGAAUUACAUGGGGAUUCUUUUAUGGAACGAUGCCCUUCUUGUGGAAUUGAGUAUAUGAGGGAUUUUGAAAUAGAAACUAUUGGGUUGAAGGAAACUGCACGGCGUUGUUCCAAGGUGGGCUGUGGUGUAAGACUUAAAGACACAGUUCUUGACUGGGAGGAUGCUCUACCUCCAAAGGAGAUGAAUCCAGCUGAGAGACACUGCAAAAUGGCUGAUGUUGUGUUAUGUCUAGGGACAAGUUUGCAGAUCACCCCUGCCUGUAAUUUGCCUCUAAAAUCACUCAAGGGCGGUGGAAAGAUUGUAAUAGUUAAUCUUCAGAAAACUCCCAAGGACAAGAAAGCAAGCCUACUGAUUCAUGGUCUUGUAGACAAGGUAAUCACAGGAGUCAUGGAAUUCCUCAGUCUGCGAAUCCCACCUUUUAUUAGAAUUGAUCUUCUCCAGACCAUUUUUACUCAAGCCUCAAGUCUUGAUGAAAAAUAUGUAAAUUGGAGCCUUGCAGUGGCAAGCGUCCAUGGAAAUAGAGCACCAUUGCCUUUUAUCAAAUCUGUAGAGGUUUCUUUUUCAGAAAGUCAAAAUAUGAAAGCGGCUGUCCUGGAUAAACAACCUCUUUAUCUGAAAAGGCGGACAGUUAAGAGUACAAAUCCUUUUAACAUUAUGAUGAAAUUGAACUUCAGUGAUGGUUGCAAGUGCUCAUCGGCUGAAAUCAUGAUUCCUAUUGAUUUUAAGAUUUCAGCAGACGUGUUCAAAGAUGAUAAAGACUCCAUCUUACAGAAUCUAAGAGAAAGCGCCCUCACGGAUCCUAGCUGUGGACAGACAUCAGUUAUUGAGAAAAAGUUCAUUAUGGUUCCUAAAAGUGAAGUCAUAGUACAUGCCAUUGUAACAAACAUCGUCAAGUUCGACAGAAGCUAUGAUGGGGAUCUAAGUAAUGGCUCAUUCAAAAGGAAAUAUGAAUGUCUUAAUGGCGUAAUUCCAUCGCGAAAACGAUCCAACGGUAGAAAACCCAGAGCUGUAAUUAAUGUAAGGUGAUCUUCAGGUCUAUACAGAAACUAUUGUAAAUAUUUUUGUAGCAAACACCCUGAGGAAAAAAAAAUGUUAAUAUGUGGAGACUGGGUGAAUUUUGAUAGUUAAUACACUCAGUCUGGUUAUUGAUUAGAAAACUGAAAUUGCUAAACCCAUUUUUUGGUAUUAAGUCUAAAGUUUUAAAGCUCUAAUUUCUUUCUUAAUCUAUUCUUGGAACUAAUGUAAUCAUUAUUGAUCUAAAUUUGAUAUCUGUAAUUAUUUUAUC